AUGGCUCAGGAAGAUAUUCCUAUGUCUAACAUGGACCCCGAAUUGUUUUCCACACCGAAAAAUCACUUCAGCGAUUAUUCUAAAGAAAUGGAUACUGAAGAGCGAUACGCAGUGGAUGAUAUCUGCGCUUCUUCGGUACGCGCUUCUUCUUACAAGCUUCUCCUUGAUGGCGCCUACUCCGACAUAUCGAUCGUCUGCGGCGGUCGCGAGUUCAAGGUUCAUCGUGCUAUUGUGUGUACGCAGUGUGAAUGGUUUGCGGAGGCAUUCACAACCCCACCUAAGAAGCGCACCAUUAGAAGUGUGACUCUGAAUGAAGACCCCGAAGUCUUUCAGCAUUUACUCGAGUUUCUUUACACUGGAACAUACACUGCUCAAAAGCCUACGGCAUCGCAUGAGGCUGAGAGAGCGAAGGAGAUUCAAGAUAGACUCGGCGGUUAUCCUCGUUGCCCCAUCGAAAAAGACAUUGCGAAAGACAGUGUGCCAGAACGCCCUGUAAGGCGAUCAAAUAGGUUAUUGUCAACUACACCCGCCCCGGCACAGACCCAACCCGGAGCCAAGUCACCCUCAGGCUCACCGCACGAAAUAAUUCUCGCUAUGAAUCUCUGCAUCAUGGCUCACAAAUACAACAUCCCCGCGCUUCAGCUCCUCUGCCAAGAUCGCUUCUACACGGCUGCCAGAAACCGAUGGGUCAAUAAGACAUGGACCGACUGGGAGGCUACCCAGGAGUUCGAGGACGUCGUGCUGGACGUCUUUUCUUCUACGGAAGAGGUUGAUACUCCGUUGUGGAGAGCGUUGUGCAAGUUGAUUUGCGUGAAGAAGGAUGGAGAUCGGAUGAAGGAGAGGAUGAUGGCUGUCAAGGGGGAGCACGCUUAUCUUGUUGAGGGUGUUGCGAAGUACAUGCUGGAGGCUAGAGGCUAG